AAGUUUUUGGGGAGAGAAAGGAGGAGUGUCUUCCGAAGGAGUCCGGAAGAGAAGCUGAGCCUACAAAGCGAGAAAGGCUGGGGAAGAAACGGGGGGCUGCUCUUCUCUUCCCUUUGCUUCCCUCCAGGUCUUGGGAUUUAUUCCAUAACGUACAACGAAGGACAACCAAGAUGGAAACUGCUUUGGAUCAUGAAGUGAAGAUGGAGGAGCCAAAGCAGACCAGCCCUGAAGGGGAAAGAGAGCCCAAUGAAAUGUGGGGCAGGAGAAGGUUUGGGGUCCCAGGCAGACUGGGUCCGGAUGCCCUGGAGGAGGAGACCUUCAGCACAGAUCGUCAGUGCCAAAGCUUCUGGCAUUUCCGCUAUGAGGAAGCCUUGGGGCCCCGAGAGGUUUGCAGCCACCUCCACUCUCUCUGCCGCCUGUGGCUGAAGCCUGAGGAACAUACAAAGGCGGAGAUGGUGGACCUGGUGCUCCUGGAGCAGUUCCUGGCCGUCCUUCCUGCGGAGAUGGAGCGCUGGGUGAGGGAAUGUGGGGCAGAGACCAGUUCCCAGGCCGUGGCUUUGGCUGAAGGAUUCCUCCUGAGUCGGGAAGAAGAGGAGAAGAGAAAAGAGGACCUUCAGGCCCAGGACGUCCCACUGGAGACCAGCAAAACGUUCUCUUCUGGGUGGAUUGGACUAGAAGACAACACAGAAAAGGAGCCAAGGAUGCUGGAAAGAUGUAAUAACUUAUCUCUUUGUGAAGCAAGUGAAAUAGCCUCAGUGGAACAAGAUCAGGUGAUGUUUGAGGAUGUGGCUGUACAUUUCAGUGUGGAAGAAUGGGCCUUAUUGGAUCCGGAUCAACGGGCCCUGCACUGGGAGGUCAUCGAAAAAAAUUAUAGGAUGGUGGCUUCUCUGGGUGGUGAUGGACAAGGGAGUGAAAGUGGUGGAGCACCAAGUAAUGUGUGGCUGAAAACAGCGAGGUGUAAAGAUGGGGGCAAAGGAAGACUAGAAAUGGAAGCAGAAGGAUAUAAAAGGAACACAAUCCCGGAAAACACAAUCCCGGAAACAAUCGAUGAAAGCAGGGAGAUCGGGAACAGCCUUGUCUAUGAGAAUGGCUUCUUCCACGAGGCAUCAUACUUGAAUGAUGAUAUCACAAACGAAACAGAGAAAGGACAACCUGAGUGUCAUCAGUUGGAAGAAAGCUUUGGAUCUAGUACACACCUUACACACAAUGAAAAAUCCCAAAUUGUGGACAAGCCAUAUAAAUGCCUGGAUUGUGGGAAACGCUUCCAUCGGAAAAAAAACCUGCGUCGGCACCAAGACACCCACAUGGAAGAGAAACCCUACAAAUGCCCGGAGUGUGGGAAACGCUUCCAUCAGAGAAGAAACCUCCGUAGACACACGUUCACCCACAUGGAAGAGAAACCAUAUAAGUGCCUGGAGUGUGGCAAAGGCUUUGCGGACAAGAUGAAUUUCAUUGCGCAUGAAAUGAACCACAGGGGAGACAAGCCGUAUCAAUGCGUGGAGUGCGGGAAGAGCUUCAGCAGCAAAUUUGUCCUCAAAAGACACCUGAAUAGUCACACGGAAGAGAACCCGUACACAUGCCCCGAGUGUGGGAAGGCUUUCCGUUGGAAAGCAAGUCUCAAGGCGCACGAAAAAAAGCACAUGGGAGAGAAGCCGUAUAAGUGCCCCGAGUGCGGGAAAUGCUUCCAUCGGAACGGAGACCUCAACAGACACCGUUGGACCCACACAGGAGAGAAGCCGUACAGAUGCCUGGAGUGUGGGAAAGGGUUUUGCCAAAAGGGAAAACUCCAGAGACACCAACACACCCACACGGGAGAGAAACCCUACACAUGCCUGGAGUGUGGGAAAGGCUUUGCUGACAGGAGAAGUCUCAAUGGGCAUGAGAUGAAUCACAGAGGAAAUAAACCAUAUAAAUGCCUGGAAUGUGGGAAGAGUUAUAUCCAGAAAGGCAGCCUCAAAAUUCAUCAGAAGAGCCAUACGGGAGAGUUCGGGAAAUGCCAGUUGGUCCUCAAAAACCACCAGGACGGUCAUGUAGAAUUGAAACCUCACACAUGUCUGGAGUGUGGAAAGAGUUUCUCAUGGAGAUCGAGUCUCAGGAUACACCAAAAUACCCACACAGGGGAGAAGACGUAUAAAUGCCUGGAGUGUGGGGAGAGCUUCUGUCGUAGCGCACACCUCAGCAGGCACAAAAAAACCCACAUGGGAGAGAAACCCUAUAAAUGCCUCGAGUGUGGAAAAGGCUUUGUUGAAAAGAGAAAUCUCAUUGGACAUGAAAUGAACCACAGAGGAGAGAAGCCCUAUCAAUGCCUGGAGUGUGGGAAGAGUUACAUCGUUAAAUCUGGUCUCAGAAAUCACCAGAAGAGUAAAAAAGGAGAGUGUGGAAAGAGUUUUGCUGCAAACCAGUCCUCAAAAAUGUCAGGAAUACACAUAGAAGAGAAAUCACACACAUCCUGGGCCGGGCUUUAGUACUGAUGGUUAAUCACCAGCUGCAGCAGAACUAUCUGUGGCGCAGCUGGCUAGUAACCAGCUGCUAUAAAUCACUACUGACCGAGAGGUCAUGAGUUCGAAGCCCGGGUCGGGUUAAGCCUCCGACCAUAAAAAAAAAAAAAAUAGCCCCGGCUUGCUGUUGACCUAGCAGCCCUGAAAGACAGUUGCAUCUGUCAAGUAGGGAAAAUUUAGGUACGCUUUAUGCGGGAGGCUAAUUUAACUAAUCUACAACACCAUAAAACUGCUCACAAGGAAAAGAAGAGGAAGAACAGCCACCAAUGGACGGUGAAGCAACAGCUCCCCCUGUGGCCGGAACCGUGAAGCUGGAAAGAUGUUAAAAAUGCCUCUGUGUCUGUCUAAAACUGAAUGUUGUUUGUCUGUUGGCAUUGAAUGUUUGCCAUAUAUGUGUUCAUUGUAAUCCGCCCUGAGUCCCCUUCGGGGUGAGAAGGGCGGAAUAUAAAUACUACAAAUAAAUAAAUAAAUACUAAUCAGAGGGUUGGCUGUUUGAAGCCUGGGUCGGGGUAAGCACCCGACCUUCAGCCCAGCUCACUGUCCACCUAAGCAGUUCGAAAACAAUCUGUGAGUAGAUAAGAUUAGGUACUACUUAAGAGGGGAGGCAUUUUAUGGCACCAUAAAAAUGAAAUACAGUAGAGUCUCACUUAUCCAAGCUAAACGGGCCGGCAGAACCUUGGAUAAGCAAAUAUCUUGGAUUAUAUGAUUGGGGCCGGGCUGUGGCGCAGGCUGUUGAGCAACCAGCUGCAGCCAGUUGCAACAAAUCACUCUGACCAAGAGGUCAUGAGUUCGAGGCCAGCUCAGAGCCCUGCGUUUGUCUUGUCUUUGUUCUAUGUUAAGGCAUUGAAUGUUUGCCUUAUAUGUGUAAUGUGAUCCGCCCUGAGUCCCCUUCGGUGUGAGAAGGGCGGAAUAUAAAUACGGUAAAUAAAUAAAUAAAUAAGGAGGGAUUAAGGAAAAGCCUAUUAAACAUCAAAUUAGGUUAUGGUUUUACAAAUUAAGCACAUCAUGUUAUACAACAAAUUUGACAGAAAAAGUAGUUCAAUACGCAGGAAUGUUAUGCUGUAAUUACUGUAUUUACGAAUUUAGCACCAAAAUAUCGCGAUAUAUUGAAAACAUGGUCUACAAAAAUGCCUUGGAUAAUCCAGGACCUAGGAUAAGCGAGUCUUGGAUAAGUGAGACUCUACUGUACCAGAGAAUGCCGGCGACCAAAGAAAGGAGGAAGUCUGUGAUCUGGGCUCUUCGAAAUGGAGGAUGGAGCAACAGAACCACCUGUGGCCGGAAUCGAGCACAAGCUCCAGAACGUCGAAGAUGAGAAAAUGCCUAUAUUUAUACCUCUAUCUAUUGUCUGUUCUCUCUGUAUAAUAGCAUUGAAUGUUUGCCAUAUAUGUGUUCUGUAAUUUGCUUUGUGUCCCCUUCAGGGUGAGAAGGGCGGAAUAUAAAUACUGUAAAUAAAAGAGAUACUUUUGGAAA